GCAGGCGCAGCCGCAGCAGCGGCCGCAGCCGCAGGGUGCCGCGCGGAGGCAGACAUGCCCCUGGCUAAAGAUCUAGUGCAUCCUUCCUUGGAGGAUGAGAAGAGAAAGCACAAAAAGAAACGUCUUGUGCAGAGCCCAAACUCCUACUUCAUGGAUGUAAAGUGUCCAGGAUGCUACAAGAUCACCACCGUAUUCAGCCACGCUCAGACAGUAGUUCUGUGUGUAGGUUGCUCAACUGUCCUGUGUCAGCCUACUGGGGGGAAAGCCAGGCUCACUGAAGGCUGUUCAUUUAGAAGAAAGCAACACUGAACACUUCAGCAUGUGGUUUUGGAUCUGUGUUCCUGAAAGCCUUACCAGUUUAAAAAUGCCUGUUAAUACAACAAUGUAAUUAUGAUUGAUUUUGUAAAAAUUACAUGCUACUGGUGACUAAUGAGCUGGAAUCUCUUUUUCAAUAGAUGAUCUGAAGUGCAAGUUUUUCCUGCAAGUUUGCAGACAACUGAGCUCUAUUUUUAUAAUUUUACUUUUAAGCAGUGUAUUGUUAAUUGGGUGGUGUCAUUUAAUAAUAAAAACCUUGGACUUGCUGUAUCUUUCCCCUCAUUAAUCAUCAACUACAGCACUGUAAGGCAUAUGGUGACAGAAACUGCUGUAAGAAUGCAUUUUGUAUACUUUAUUACUGCGGUUACCCUAACUGUAAGGGUUGCAAAGGCUAGAUAGAUUAAAAAUGGCUCAUUUGCUUUCAACAUCGAUUGCUUUAGUCCCUUUAUGGUGUUGAGUAAUGUGGUGAUAAAUAAAAAUAUAAAAGUUA